AGGUUCAUUAGCAAUAUGGAACUCAGAAAUGAAACAGGCAUUCUAGAAUUUCUUCUCAUGGAAGUGACAGAGAAUCCAGAUAUGCAGUCCCUCGUCUUCAGCCUGUUCCUGUUCAUAUAUCUGGUCACCAUCCUGGGAAACCUGCUCAUCAUCCUGGCCGUCAUCUUGGACUCCCACCUCCACACCCCCAUGUACUUCUUCCUCUUCAACCUGUCUUUUGUUGACAUCUGUUUCACCUCCACCACCAUCCCAAAGAUGAUUGUGAAUAUCCAGACACAGAGCAAGUCCAUCAGUUACACAGGCUGCCUCACCCAAACCUGCUUUGUCCUGGUUUUUGCAAGUUUGGACAGUUGUAUUCUUUCAGUAAUGGCCUAUGAUCGCUGUGUGACCAUUUGUCAUCCACUGAGGUACACAGUCAUCAUGAACCCCCAUUUCUGUGGCCUUUUGAUUCUUCUUUCUCUGUUUAUUAGCAUUGUGGAUGCCCCAAUGCACAGUCUGAUGGUGUUGCCACUGACCUUCUGCACAGACCUCGAAAUCCCUCUCUUCUGUGAAGUAGUUCAGGUCAUCAAGCUUGCAUGUUCUGACACCCUCAUCAAUAACAUCCUGAUAUAUUUUGCAGCUAGCGUAUUUGCUGGUAUCCCU